UUUCCAAGAGGAAAUCUGUGACACUCCGAAAAAGUGAAAUAAAAUAAACAAAUGUUUAGUCAGAUAAAACGCCAUGAAAGUGACAUUUUAAUAAUUAAGUGAAUCAAAUGAGAUUUUAACAUCAGUUACAUUUAAUCAAAAAAAAAAAAAAAAAAAAAAAACGUUUCAAUAAUAAAAGUGACAUUUUCAUAAUAUUUAUGUUGACCAGAUAGAGACUUGACUUAAAUAAAAAAAAUUUGGAACUUUGUAACAAGUGAUAGUUACAUAUAUGACAUAAAUAAUAAAAGUGACAUUUUGACAAUCUUAAUUCAAAGGUGUAUCAGAUAAUAAUAUGUGUACACAAAUACUCUAAAAUAAUUCGAUGCAAUAAUAAAAGAGUUGUACUUUCCAAAUUUAAUGCACACAUACAUAUCAGCCAUACCCAAUAACUAUAUCUCUGUAUGUACAUAUCAAUAUAUGCUAUGUAUCUAUUGAUAACCUUAUCAAUUACUCCGUAUCAUACAUAUAAUACAUAACAAUAAUGCAUCUGCUGGCCAUAUACAUGAAUGCGAUCCAAAACGAACGACCAACCCACAUGCUUAUCCUGAUGAGGCCAGCCAAGGGAACGAGCUACGUACGUGUAUCUUUCUGCACCAAGAGGAAACCAGCAAUGCCUGCGAAUUAAUAUACCAAGGGAGAGUAAUAGUAAGAGGAUCGACGCUUGAGAAGCUGGAGAGGAGUCCGCCGGAGAAACGGAAGCAAAUACCGGAGGAAGAAGAGAAGCUGGAAUUUCUGUCACCGGACCUGACUGCUGCUGUUGACGUUGGGAAACGAAGACCGCCGGUGGAAGCAUCCAGACUACUGCCGCUGCUCUAGACGCCGGAGUUCUUUCCCUGCUCGCCGGCACUGAUCGAACCUUACGACAAGGUGAAUUUGGAGAAGAUCGGGGUUAAAGCUUUGGUUAGGAAUUUUCACAAACCGAGGAAUUGAGGAUCAUAUUGAAGUUGAUUUCGAGAGCUUCCGCUAGAACACAUAGACUAAAGUGAUCGAGUAAUUUAUUUUAGUCUUAAUUUUAAAGAAUUGUAGUUGAACAAUUAAAUAUGGAAAAUUUUAAUUUGUUGGUGGUGGAUAGCCUGUGCACCCGGUUAUGUGAGAGCCGAGUGUGGCGGUAACGCCCCUGUUUCCCUUUAAAUUUUCCGCUGCAAGACUCUGAUGUUUUCGAAUAAAUCAUUAUUUACUUUGAAUAAAUCAUUAUUCAAAUAUAUUUUUGGGUGGGAAAUUUGGGGGUGUUACAAGUUGGUAUCAGAGCCUCUUCUUUUAUAAAAACGGGGUUUCAAAUAUUUUUGAGAUUUUCUAAAAAGAGAUAUCAACAAGUUGGUAUCAAAGCCUUUGAUUUUUAAAUUGGGAAUUUUCAAAUAAAACUUUCCUUAUGUGACUACGAUCUUCAAAAAGACUUUCUUUUAAAAUCGAUUGAAAUUUUUCAAAAAGUUUCCAGAAACGUUUUUUUUUCUUCUUUGAAAAAAAUUUAUAUCGAUCUUUUAAUGCUCUUAUACAAAAAGAAAAAGAAAUUUAGGAAUAAUAAGUCUUAUUAAAAAAAAAAAAAGAACAAGUCAAGGAAAAAAAAAACCUAGGAUACGGGUGAGAUGUGAGAUUUUGAAAUCUAUUUUGAUGGAGUUUGUGGUUCUUUGAAUUGUUUGAGUUAUACUUAUAUGAGAUAUAUCACUAUUGACUCAGUUUGGACUUUUAGAGGAACUUACCAAAUUAUGUGAGUAAUGAAUUAAUAGUGAAGGUAGUAUAAUUGUGAAUGUCAUUGAUAUACUUCGUGUCCUAAACAUUAUUCUUUCAAGUAGACAAUGAAGUCAACGAGAACCAAAAUAGAAGACAAUAUCGCCGCACCGACGAAUGCGGAGUUGGCUCAAAAUGUGGUUCAACUCAUCCAGACUAUCGGGAGUGUGUUAAUUCAGAACCAACACCAACAACGUCUCAAAAACCGCAAUGAUGUAGCGAAACUUGUAGCGAAGCGCAAUCCACCGUGUUAUUUAGGCCAAGAAGAUCCUCUCAUCCUUGAGGAUUGGAUUCGCACUUUCGACAAACUCUUCGAUGCUAUAAACUGCCCUACAGAUCAACGAAUUAAUACGGCUGCGUACUAUCUACGUCAAGAAGCAGACAAUUGGUGGGCCACGACUGCCCUAACGUUGCGUCAACAACCCGACUUUUCUUGGGAGACGUUCAAGGAGGAAAUGCGAAAGAGAUUCUACCCAGAGCACGUGAGAGCUGAGAAGUAUGAAGAAUUCUUACACCUGAAGCAAGUAGGCAUGACUGUCCAAGAGUAUCACGCUAAAUUCUUGAAUCUCGCACGAUUUGCUCUCACGCUAGUUCCUGAUGAAAUCGAGAAAACAAAUAAGUUUAUACGCGGCCUGAACUUCGAGACACAAAAAGCUCUUUGCGUUUCAGAAUGCCAAACGUUGAACGAUGCCUACAACAAAGCUGGCAAACACUAUCGAGUGCAACAACUCCAGAAGAAAACACUCAAGAGAGCGAGGAAAGUGACUGAAGGAGAAAGCAAAACAGGAGGCAAACAAUGCAAGCUAAAUCAGCUAGGGCACACUCGGAACGGGAAGAAGAUCAACAACCAAGGCCAAGACCAGAAGCGUAAGAAGAAGAACUCAACUGAAGAGAUGCACUUCUACUGCUCGAAGUGUAGAAAGGAUCACCCCGGGAAAUACUGUGAUGGAACGCUUGUACGAUGUUUUCAUUGUGACAAGCUAGGGCAUAGGGUGUUUGAGUGUCAUUCAAGGAAGAAGGGAAUCCCUCCGACUCGUGGAAUCAAUCGUCAUGAAAAUAAUGCAAAACGCAACAGAAGAAUAUGAAAAUAGUAAGCAAAAUCAUAUAAAAUUUCUUAUUUUUAAAAAUUAGUAAGUAUGUUUGAAGACUUAUGUAUCGUUUGAUCUUUGAUGAAUAAAUUAUUCUUGAAUAUGUUAAAUGCUUCGGGGACGAAGCAUCUAUUUAAGGAGGGUAGAAUGUGACACUCCUAAAUUUAAUAAAAAGAAGUUAACUAACAUGUGACACCUGCUAAUUGUACUGUGGAGAAUUCCUUAACUUAUGCUUCGGGACGAAGCAUCUUUUAAGGAGGGUAGAUUGUGACACUCCGAAAAAGUGAAAUAAAAUAAACAAAUGUUUAGUCAGAUAAAACGCCAUGAAAGUGACAUUUUAAUAAUUAAGUGAAUCAAAUGAGAUUUUAACAUCAGUUACAUUUAAUCAAAAAAAAAAAAAAAAAAAAAAACGUUUCAAUAAUAAAAGUGACAUUUUCAUAAUAUUUAUGUUGACCAGAUAGAGACUUGACUUAAAUAAAAAAAAUUUGGAACUUUGUAACAAGUGAUAGUUACAUAUAUGACAUAAAUAAUAAAAGUGACAUUUUGACAAUCUUAAUUCAAAGGUGUAUCAGAUAAUAAUAUGUGUACACAAAUACUCUAAAAUAAUUCGAUGCAAUAAUAAAAGAGUUGUACUUUCCAAAUUUAAUGCACACAUACAUAUCAGCCAUACCCAAUAACUAUAUCUCUGUAUGUACAUAUCAAUAUAUGCUAUGUAUCUAUUGAUAACCUUAUCAAUUACUCCGUAUCAUACAUAUAAUACAUAACAAUAAUGCAUCUGCUGGCCAUAUACAUGAAUGCGAUCCAAAACGAACGACCAACCCACAUGCUUAUCCUGAUGAGGCCAGCCAAGGGAACGAGCUACGUACGUGUAUCUUUCUGCACCAAGAGGAAACCAGCAAUGCCUGCGAAUUAAUAUACCAAGUAUACACAAAUAUAUACGUAGUAUUUAUAUGCGUACAUGCUACCUCUGCGAAAUCAUAACCAGAGAACUAACUUCACACACCAGCACUUUUCUCUGCGACCUGAUGUAUGUGUUGUGAGUAGGGGAGAGUAAUAGUAAGAGGAUCGACGCUUGAGAAGCUGGAGAGGAGUCCGCCGGAGAAACGGAAGCAAAUACCGGAGGAAGAAGAGAAGCUGGAAUUUCUGUCACCGGACCUGACUGCUGCUGUUGACGUUGGGAAACGAAGACCGCCGGUGGAAGCAUCCAGACUACUGCCGCUGCUCUAGACGCCGGAGUUCUUUCCCUGCUCGCCGGCACUGAUCGAACCUUACGACAAGGUGAAUUUGGAGAAGAUCGGGGUUAAAGCUUUGGUUAGGAAUUUUCACAAACCGAGGAAUUGAGGAUCAUAUUGAAGUUGAUUUCGAGAGCUUCCGCUAGAACACAUAGACUAAAGUGAUCGAGUAAUUUAUUUUAGUCUUAAUUUUAAAGAAUUGUAGUUGAACAAUUAAAUAUGGAAAAUUUUAAUUUGUUGGUGGUGGAUAGCCUGUGCACCCGGUUAUGUGAGAGCCGAGUGUGGCGGUAACGCCCCUGUUUCCCUUUAAAUUUUCCGCUGCAAGACUCUGAUGUUUUCGAAUAAAUCAUUAUUUACUUUGAAUAAAUCAUUAUUCAAAUAUAUUUUUGGGUGGGAAAUUUGGGGGUGUUACAAAAUCAGAAAGCAAUUAUGGCGGAAACCAGAAAAAGUUAAGGAACUCGAUGAACUCAAGAUAUGUGGCCUCAACCAUCUAUGAGGAAAGAACAAAGGCGGAUAACUGUUCCUGCUUAGUCACAGAUAUAUGCGAAAACAAAGAGAAGUAUGGCAGCAUGAGCUUCAGACGGCAAAGGACCCAGUGUGGAGUAUCGUGAAUGUAGCCGAGGUCAAUCAUCAAGAUAUCAAGCUCUCUGUCUAUCACCUACAACGCUCUGAUGGGACUGAAUUUACUUGCAAGGAAAAUGAUCUCUACGUGUUUAAGAUGGAUGACAUCUAUCAGAUGUUCAUAGCUUUCCAAGCACUUCCCGUUACUCGCGAUAAAAUUACACAAGAAGGCUUUGAUGCACUCAAGCGCUUUAUGGUCAGACAAGUCAAAUUCUUUGCUACCCAUGAUCUUCAGAUGGCCCUAGAGACCAAUCUUCCAAAGACAAAUCUCAUAAGACCAAAGUUAUACGGACCAGAGCUAUAAGAUUUUCCAGCAUAUAACAUCUUUGAUAGCCUGGUCGCAAUCAUAUACUUGAAUCACAAUGGUGAGAACCGUUUGUUAGCGAUUGAAGAAAUCAACAAGUACUGUGAUGGAACUCUGAAGAUUUUGAGGGAAAGGCUGCUACCCAUCAGAAAGAACUUUGAAGAAAGACAACAGAAGUAUGUGGAUGCCUUGGAUGCUGAACUAAAGGAAUCAAACAGAGUUGAUAAAAUCCUGAAAGCUAUCGAGAAGCAACUUGACAGAAGAAGGUCACUCAUAAGCUAUGAGCAUGCGCUUGAUCUGCGAAAACAUUAUUAUAGAGCUCAGAAUUAAAGAGAAGAAGAAGUAAGACGACACUUGAUCAUAAAGGGGGAGAUUGUUGGGAAUAUUUGUUGUGAAUCAAGUUUGUCAGAUGUCUUGUUAAUUAAUAGAUUAGUUUUACCUUUAAUAGAAUUAUUUGAUAUGUAAUAAAUAGGCUUGUAAGGGAAUAAGGCCCAAAAAGGCCUUAGGCCCAAACUCCCAGGUUACCAAUUCUAGUACAUGUACCUGCGCCUAUAAAUACGCGCAUAUGUGGUACAGGACCGAAUAAUCAGCUAAUAUACUUUUCGAUCAGCACAUACUCUUUCUUUAGCUUCUCGAUAAAUAUAGAAGUAAG